AUGAAUUUUCUGCGCAGUCAACUCAUUGAGACACGAAAACUGCCAUAUCCUGAACGCUCAUAUGCUGGAAAGACCAUUGUCAUUACAGGCAGUAAUACAGGUCUAGGCAAGGAGGCAGCGAGGCACUAUGCACGCCUAGGUGCCAAAAAGCUCAUUCUUGUGGUCCGUAAUAUCGACAAAGGAAAGGACGCAAAGGAAGACAUUGAGACCACAGCGGCGCCAGACGUGGACAUUGACGUGUGGAAGCUCGAUCUAGCGAGCUACGACGACAUCCGAGCAUUUAGCAGUCGCCUAGAAGCAGAACUGGAUCGCGUCGACAUAUUCCACGCCAAUGCCGGCCUGGUCUCUGCAAAAUACUCUCAAGUCAACGGCGUCGAGACCAAUAUUUCCAUCAACGUCAUCUCGACCUUUCUGCUGGUUGCGUCCGUCAUGCCCAAGCUCAAGGCGUCGGCGGCAGAGUUUGGUAUUCGCCCGACCCUCACCAUUACAAGCUCCGGUUCUCACAGGCAUACCCAAUUCCCGCAAAAGUCGGAGCCCAGUGUAUUUGCUUCGCUCAAUGACAAGAACUAUGCCAACGGUGUCCACUGGCGUGAGCAAUACCCCAUUUCCAAACUCGUGGGCAUUUUUGUCGCCCGCGCCAUUGCGGAAGAAUACCCUGCAGAUUCCUACCCAGUCACCAUCAACCUCAUCAAUCCGGGCUUGUGUCAUUCCAAUCUGGCACGUGAGGCGGAGGGCAUUCAGAAGUUUGCAUUUUCUGUGACCAAGACUGCUCUUGCGAGGUCCACCGAGCAAGGAAGUAGAACGUUGGUCCAUGGAGGUAGUCAGGGUGCCGAGUCCCAUGGGAAAUAUCUGGAAGACUGCCGAAUCACCGAGCCAUCUUCUAUUGUAUUGGAAAAUAAGCAGGUUCAAGACCUCUUGUGGUCAGAAUUGCAAACCCUGUUGGAGGGUAUCGCGCCGGGUGUAACGAGGAACUUUUAG